UCUGUAUAGAAUAAGGUCCAACAAGAACCUCUGCUGGUGGAAUGUUUAUAUCCACCAGUCUUCUGAAAACCCUUCAUAUAUAUCUUCCUUUUGUUACCCUUUUUGCCUUUUGAAUUAGUUGUUCAGAACCCUAGCCUUCAUACACCUCUUGCCUUCAGACCGGAAUCGAACAGAGGGGAAGAUCUCGCCGAGAAUAGACCGGAAUCGAACAUCUCGCCGAGAAUAGACCGGUUGGAAGGUGCAGAUACUAUUUUGCUCUACAGGCAGCUACACACAGCGUACUCUUUUCUUGAUCAUAUGUGGUAUUCGCCAAUAUCUUGGUCAUCUGACCAAGGAGCAUCACGUUGGCUUUGAAGCAGCUGUUCUACAUAAUUUCAGCGUUGUUUUUUAUUUACUGAUGAAAUUGAUAUUUUUAUGUCCAUGAUGAACAAUUUUACUCUCCUAUGCCCCCCUCUCAAUAAAUUUUCCAUUUUUUUGAUGAUGGGUUAUAGAAAAUUUGAUCUAUGCAUCUGGGUUUGUCAAUCUUGAGGAGUUUUGGCGUAUGGUGAGACCAGGUUUGAUCUCUGUUUCUUUUGACUCUUGCAUGGUUCGUUGGUCUGGAGUUUUGGAGUUGAAGUUGAGUGGACUCUGGAAUUGAUUUUGGAGAAUUGUGUUAGCUUUAGAGGUGGCAAUUGAUGUUUAUUAGAAAACCUGGAACUGCCUCUGAUGAAGAAGAAAUGAAGAGAGAGUAACUGCGUAAUUUGCCGAAUAAUCAGAAGGUGCAAGGACUGCUUUCAGUCUUGCUGGGACAAUGGUUGGAUUCUAGCCUGUGAAGGUGUUGCCUUCUAAGACACCUAUUGCACCUAUUCACCCAACAUUCUUGCCGGAACUGAGGAUGAACGUGAGAUGUGUGCAAGAACUAUAUACUGUACAGAUAUUGACAAGAAGAGGUUUGUCAUUUCAAUGGGAAAUUUUAAGUUUUAUGUUUUCCUUUCUCUCUGCUUUGGCAUGGAUGGUCAUGUUGAUGGAAAUCUUCGGCUAUGGGAUAUUCAGAAAGGAAAGCUGCUCAAUGAAGUUUCUGCACACUCAAAUACUGUUAUGGCAAUUCUAGCUAUAACAUAAACCACGGAGGUUUAGUCAAUGUUCAAAUGGACCAUGAAGCUAAGCUUAUUCCAUUCCCUCCAAAACCCUUGUCUUCCCCAACGACUUUACCUGCCCCUUAAACCCAAAACCCUCCCGACCCAAUUUCUAAACUCUGCUAAACACAUCCAAACCUUAGCUCAAUUCUCCACACACCCACAAACCGCCCCUAUCCAAAGCUCACUCGAAACCCACAAUUCUAUCUCCUUCUCUAAGCUAUUGUCGCAAUGCGCUGCUUCCAAAUCUGUGCGUGUGGGCAUGGAAGUCCAUGCCCACUUAAUCAGAUUCGGGUUGUCCCAAGACUCGAGCUUUCGGAACCAUUUGAUCAAUUUCUAUGCAAAAAGCAGGUUUUUUGGGCAUGCCCGGAAGCUGAUCGACGAAAGUCCUGAACCAGAUUUGGUUGCUUGGUCUGCUUUGAUUUCUGGGUAUGCCCAAAAUGGGCUUGGUAGAGAAGCCAUUUCAGCUUUUCAUGAGAUGCAUGGAUUGGGGGUGAGGUGUAAUGAGUUUACGUUCCCAAGUGUGCUCAAGGCUUGCUCUAGUUCUAAAGAUUUGAGGCUGGGAAAGCAGGUUCAUGGGGUGGUGUUGGUUACCGGGUUUGAGUGCGAUGAGUUUGUUGCGAAUACUUUGGUUGUUAUGUAUUCGAAAUGUGGGGAGUUUGGGGAUUCCAGGAGGCUGUUUGAUGCAAUUCCGGAGAGGAAUGUUGUUUCGUGGAAUGCGUUGUUUUCGUGUUAUGUGCAGAGUGAUUUCUUUGGGGAGGCAAUGGAUUUGUUUGAGGAAAUGGUUGUGAGUGGUAUAAGGCCUAAUGAGUAUAGUCUGUCUAGUAUAAUAAAUGCUUGUACUGGGUUGGGGGAUGGUAGAAGAGGAAGGAAAAUUCAUGGAUAUAUAGUUAAGCUUGGGUAUGAUUCGGAUUCUUUCUCAGCCAAUGCUCUUGUUGACAUGUAUGCAAAAGCCAAAGGUCUUGAAGAUGCAAUUUCAGUUUUUGAGAAAAUUGCACAACCAGAUAUUGUAUCCUGGAAUGCUGUUAUUGCUGGUUGUGUUCUUCACAACUGCCAUGGUCAGGCGCUCAAAUUGUUCAGGCAACUGAGAGGGUCAGGAAUCUGUCCAAACAUGUUUACAUUAUCAAGUGCGCUUAAAGCUUGUGCUGGGACGGGGUUCGAGAAAUUGGGUAGGCAGUUGCACUCUUUCUUGAUAAAGAUGGAUACAGAAUCAGAUUCAUAUGUCAAAGUUGGACUGAUAGAUAUGUAUUGCAAGUGUGAGAUGAUGACUGAUGCAAGGGUGCUUUUUAAUAUGAUGCCAAAGAAAGACAUGAUUGCAUGGAACGCUGUUAUAUCUGGUCAUUCACAGAUGGCUGAAGACAUAGAAGCUGUAACCCUCUUUCCUGAAAUGCUUAGGGAAGGAAUAGGAUUCAACGAGACUACUUUAUCUACAGUCCUCAAAUCCACAGCGAGCUUGCAGGCAGUAAAAGUUUGUGAACAAGUUCAUGCUCUUUCAGUCAAAACAGGUUUUCAGUCUGAUAUGUAUGUUAUAAAUAGCCUUCUUGAUACAUAUGGAAAAUGUGGCCAAGUAGAAAAUGCAGUAAGAAUUUUUGAAGAAUGCAAAACUGAAGAUUUGGUGGCUUUCACAUCAAUGAUCACUGCCUAUGCUCAAUAUGAACAAGGCGAAGAAGCUCUCAAACUGUAUGUGCAAAUGCUAGUGAGAGGGAACAAGCCUGAUUCAUUUGUAUGCAGUUCUCUUCUGAAUGCUUGUGCAAAUUUAUCGGCAUAUGAGCAAGGGAAGCAGAUUCAUGUUCAUAUUCUGAAGUUUGGAUUUUUGUCUGAUGCUUUUGCUGGAAAUUCCCUUGUUAAUAUGUAUGCAAAAUGUGGAAGCAUAGAUGAUGCGGGUCGUGCUUUCUCCGAGGUACCUGAGAGAGGAAUAGUUUCAUGGUCUGCAAUGAUUGGAGGACUUGCUCAACACGGACAUGGAAAAGAAGCCCUCAAUAUGUUCAAUCAGAUGCUUGGAGAUGGUAUUUGCCCCAAUCAUAUUACUUUAGUCAGUGUCCUCUGUGCAUGCAAUCAUGCAGGUUUGGUAACUGAAGCCAGAAAAUAUUUUGAGUCAAUGAAAGAGUUGUUUGGGGUUGUACCAAGGGAGGAGCAUUAUGCCUGCAUGAUUGAUCUUCUUGGCAGAGCAGGAAAGAUAAACGAGGCAAUGGAGCUUGUCAACACAAUGCCAUUUCAAGCAAACGCCUCAGUUUGGGGGUCACUUCUUGGUGCCUCAAGAAUCCAUAAAAAUGUUGAGCUUGGUGAACGUGCUGCUGAUAUGCUCUUAGUUCUGGAGCCUGAGAAAUCCGGUACCCAUGUACUACUUGCAAACAUUUAUGCAGCAGCUGGCAUGUGGGACAAAGUAGCGAAAAUGAGAAGACUUAUGAAAAAUAACCAGGUAAAGAAGGAACCUGGGAUGAGUUGGAUUGAGGUCCAAGACAAGGUACACACCUUUAUUGUAGGAGAUAGAAGUCAUUCAAGAAGCAGGGAGAUAUAUGCAAAACUUGAUGAGCUGCUUGACCUUAUGCAUAAAGCUGGCUAUGUUCCAAUGGUGGAGAUUGACCUCCAUGAUGUGGAACAAAGCGAGAAGGAGCGACUUCUGCGAUACCACAGUGAGAAGCUUGCAGUGGCUUUCGCAUUGAUUGUCACUCCGCCUGGAGCUCCCAUUAGAGUGAAGAAGAAUUUAAGAGUAUGUGUAGAUUGCCAUACUGCAUUCAAGUUCAUCUGUAAAAUUGUCUCGAGGGAGAUAAUCGUGAGGGACAUCAAUAGAUUCCAUCAUUUCAAAGAUGGCUCAUGCUCUUGUGGGGAUUACUGGUGAUUUAUACUGGAGAAGAGAUCGGCUGAGCAUGGAUGAUUUCGAGGUGGAAGACGAGGUCCGACCGGACUUCCCGUGUCCGUAUUGCUACGAGGACUUAGACAUCGCGUCGUU